AUGAAAAUGAGGAGUGUUGCAAUUUUGAUUAUGACUAUUUUGAGUUUUGGCCAAAUUGCAAGAAGUGAGUCACCCAUUAGUUGUAGUAGAAAAUGUGCUUUAGAUUGUUUAGAUGUACCCUUUGCAUAUUCUGCAUGCUUUGAUGGUUGUACCGCAAAAUGCCCCAAGACGCCUGUGGCACUGGAUGUCUACAAUUGCGUUAGCAGGAACUUUUCCUUCUUUGGGACUGCUGUGUCGUGUUUGGGUUCGCAGCUCGAAUUUAAUGGAAUUGGAGUGCUCGAUUUGGGUGACGGUGGCAUUGGUGCCAUACAGCUGUUGGGCUCCAAUUUCAAGAUGAGCGAUUCUCACUCCGAAAAUCAUGAUGAAGCAACUGUGGUGGGAUUUGAAGUUCCAAAAUCACCUGAUUCCAGUUACAACAAUGUCUACCCAGGAAAUGAAGAUGAGGCAAGGGAUCCGCCUAUGGUGCCUUCACAUUUGCAACACACUUUGCUCAAUUAUCCUGCUAGUAGAGACACUGCAGGAACUGUUCCAUUGCCUCAGAAUGUGAUUCUAAAUCAUCUUUACAUCGAGAAUAGAGAGUCCCCAAGGUCUGUGGUGGCGUUGGGAUUCACUCAUCGUUUCCGCUCUAAGUAUGUUACAGUGGUGCUUUACAAACCAGUCCAAAGAAGGGGAAGUACAGGCAUUUAA